AUGACUAAUGCUUGGAGGCAGACUCGUCGAUUGAAGAGGUUGGCAGUAGGUCCAUUAGUGACUCCUGAAUAUAUCAGUUGGCUAGGUAGGAGGGUCAAUGACAACAUACCUAUACCAGGUCAAGGAGACAGUCAACUUGUGGGAAAGCAUGUACAUAUGGUCCCUUCUGAGCUAGAAAUCAUAAAACAAGAUUUUGAAAGAAGAAAUUCUGAGCUUGAGAAGAAGAUAGGGCAAAUGGAAGAGGAAAAGAUGAGUCUGAAGCUGGAUGUGGAUGUUCAGAAGCUGGAAACCGAAGGCCUGAAGAAAGAAAAGCGCAAAGCUGAGGAGGAUUUGAAUAGCUUAAAGACGGAUUAUAAGAGGCUACGUAUGUCAAUGAGAACUGCUGGAUUGGGAAAAACCUCAGAGCAGUGGCGUCAAGAAGUUCAAGAAGAAAAGGUUAAGGCUGAUAGGUGGGAAAAGAGAUAUCAAGAGGCUAAAAAGCAAAAUAAGUCCUUUGAGAGAAGUUUGUCCGAAAGCCAGAGCGAAAAGGAUGAAUUAAAAGCUAGGGUGGCCGAACUGGAGGCAAUGUUACAAGACUAUGAAGCUAGAAUUGAACAUCUUGAAGCAAAUGAAGAUCAUCAAAAUGAACAGCUUCACUAUCGUCAGGAUCAAGUUGCAAGCAGGGAUCACAUCAUGGGAGAAGCCGUGGUUCAGAUCCAAGGGGUAGUUGAGCACUUGCAGACUCUGGCAGUACAAGCUGAUGUACUAAGUGUGAAGUAUGAAUCAGAAUCAGAUCAAGGGCAGAAGUUGGCAUCAAUACUUAAGGAGAUUAAAGUUCUAAGUUUCACCCCUCCACAUGAGCGAGUUCAAGCUGAAUACCCGCGCAAAUCCACUGUCACCAUCAUGCCUCAGCAAUUUCGAGCUGGUGUUUCGAACCUCCAAACUGGGUCGGGUUUUAAUCCCGAAAACAACCCCGUGAACCCUGCCAUUCCGGACUUUGACGAAGUGGCUGAGAAAGAAAGAAUAAAGGUGGAAUUAAAAGCAGUUAGAGGAUCGAUGCAAGUGGCUCGAGGAGAAGUUCAAAGCGAUGGAAGUCACUGA